AUGCCCCAAACACAGAGCUGGCCGCAGUCUCACCAAAUUACCGCACUCCGGCUAUUAGCCGGAUCCCUCUAUGAGGCAACUCGCGGCACCACCGCGCUAACGAACCAGGUUCAGAAUGAGCUUGCUUUACUCCUGACAGUUCUGGACGCGACCGAGACGUAUUCAUCUUCAUUUGGGAAGGAUUGUCCACAUUUUUCCGUCUUAACCAAAAGGUUACAGAGUUGUCAUGUUCUUUUGGUGGAUUUGCAAAAGCUGCAGCUUCAUCCUGAUGCCCUCGGUGCGCAAAGCCAGAUUAGUGAGAUCCGGGCGAGCCUCUCGUCUCUUAUUUUUGGACUGAGUGAGAUUAAUACGAAUUUGAUGGUAUCGUUGCAAAAGAAUGUUGAAAAAGCCUUGAGGAGCCUGAUUGACAAUGUUGGCACCGAGAAACAGGAGCUAUUAGUUGUAUCUGAUGCUCUGAUCAGCAAAACCUCAGAAGCCGAGACUGAUCAGGCAUGGGCGCAACUCCAACAAGAUUUGGAUGCUGUCGGUAUCAGUCCUGAAUUGUCUACUCAGAACCAUGACUUUAUCAUCUCGGCACUUCAAGAUAUGAUGGGAAGCGAGAGACAAAUUUCCAUCAAGGCCGCAGCAGCUCCAGGAGAUAUCCCAGGGCCUAAUUCUAAGGCACUACCUUCGGAUGAUAAGACAAGUCUGGACGAUAGCGAUGACUGGCUACCAAACGAACCCAAAGGUCUUCCAUCUCUCCCUCUUUCCCCAAGAGAAACUUGCCUAUCAAGAAAUGACCCGGUACGAUUACACCAUCGCCAUUCAAAAACACCAGCCGUGAUAGAAGAAAACCUCCCAAUCCCCGUGGCCUUUGAGAUCCAGGACUCUACCAUUAUUAGAAACCAAUCUCUGCCACGCGAAGAUUUCCCCAUACCAGUCUGGACAGAAUCAACAACAGAAAGCGUGAUCUCAUCAACAGACCACAGCAGCCAAACUAAUCCCUCAAUCCGCAUAGCCCACGAAACCAACCCAACAACCCUCGACCAAACCGUCCUCGCCUUAAAAGUGACGCGAAACAAAAAGACAAACAUAAUGAGCCGGAUGCUCUUCCAAAUGACAAACUCUAAACAAAAACUCAUAACCCCAAUCCAAAAAGGCGACCUCCAAACCGUGACAACUCUCCUCGCAAAGGGCGCCGACGCUAACGCCACAAACAACGAAGGCCAAACCCCCUAA